AUGCUCCAGGAAUUCUGGAGAAAUGAAUUGGCGGAAGACGCGGAGAAUAUAGAUGAACGAAGAAUGCUCCAGCUAUAUGAGCAGCGACAAACGAUACGUCAAAGAGCUCAAAGUUCUUCUGGUAGAACACAAAGGAGAAGGUAUUUGAAUCGGGAUCGUGAAGUUGGACAUAUUUGUCUUUUCAAUGAUUACUUUUCUGAUGAUCCGGUAUAUCCUGAUGACAUAUUUCGACGUCGAUUUCGAAUGAAAAAAGAGUUAUUCCUUCGUAUAGUUGAUGUCGUGAAAAAUCAUUUCGAAUAUUUUCAAUGGAAGGUCGAUGCAGCGGGGAAAAAAGGUUUGUCACCACUUCAGAAAUACACAACGGCUAUUCGUCAAUUGGCGUAUGGAGCCCCUGCUGAUCAUUAUGAUCAGUAUCUACGAAUUGCUGAAACAACAGUCAUCCAAUGUUUAUUCAACUUUUGCCGAUGUGUAAUUGAAGUGUUUGGGGCUCAAUAUUUAAGAAGACCUAAUGCUGUUGAUAUCCAACACUUGCUUGAAAUACAUGAGCAGAGACAUGGUUUCCUUGACAUAUUGGGCAGUCUUGAUUGGUCACGCAAUGAUAUCAAUGUGCUUAAUGAAUCACCGUUAUUCAACGACGUCUUACAAGGAAAUGCACCUGAGGUUAAUUUUACGAUUAAUAAUACACAAUAUACAAAAGGAUACUAUCUGACCGAUGAGAUCUAUCCAGAAUGGACUACUUUCGUCAAGAGCUUUCCAUGUCCCCGGGAUCCCAAAAGAAAAAUAUUUAAGGAACAACAGGAGGCUGCGAGAAUGGAUGUCGAGAGGGCAUUUGGGGUGCUCCAAUCAUGA